GCUUUGGAAGGAAGGACGUGGUGGAGCACUUGCUGCAGAUGGGAGCCAGCGUGCACGCACGGGACGAUGGAGGGCUCAUCCCGCUCCACAACGCCUGCUCUUUCGGCCACGCUGAGGUCGUGAGCCUGCUGCUGUGCCAAGGGGCUGACCCCAACGCCAGGGACAACUGGAACUACACACCCCUGCACGAGGCUGCCAUCAAGGGGAAGAUCGAUGUGUGCAUCGUGCUGCUGCAGCAUGGAGCUGACCCCAACAUCCGGAACACGGACGGCAAGUCAGCCCUGGACCUGGCAGACCCUUCCGCCAAGGCUGUGCUCACAGGUGAAUACAAGAAAGACGAGCUCCUAGAAGCUGCUAGGAGCGGGAACGAGGACAAGCUCAUGGCCUUGCUGACGCCUCUCAACGUGAACUGCCACGCCAGCGACGGGCGCAAGUCCACCCCCUUGCACCUCGCCGCCGGCUACAACAGAGUGCGGAUCGUGCAGCUGCUGCUCCAGCACGGUGCGGACGUGCACGCCAAGGACAAGGGUGGACUCGUGCCCCUUCAUAACGCUUGUUCGUACGGACAUUACGAAGUCACGGAGCUGCUGCUCAAGCACGGGGCCUGUGUCAAUGCCAUGGACCUGUGGCAGUUCACCCCACUGCACGAGGCUGCCUCCAAGAACCGCGUGGAAGUCUGCUCUCUGCUCCUCAGCCACGGCGCUGACCCCACGCUCGUCAACUGCCAUGGCAAGAGCGCUGUGGACAUGGCUCCAACACCAGAGCUCCGGGAGAGGCUGACGUAUGAGUUUAAGGGCCACUCCUUGCUGCAAGCAGCCCGAGAAGCAGACCUGGCCAAAGUAAAGAAGGCGCUGGCACUGGAGGUCGUCAACUUCAAGCAGCCACAGUCGCACGAGACCGCGCUGCACUGUGCGGUGGCCUCUCUGCACCCCAAGCGGAAACAGGUGACGGAGUUGUUGCUCAGGAAAGGCGCGAACGUCAACGAGAAGAACAAAGACUUCAUGACGCCCCUGCACGUGGCAGCCGAGCGAGCGCACAACGACGUCGUGGAGGUGCUGCACAAGCACGGGGCCAAGACGAACGCGCUGGACGCCCUCGGCCAGACCGCUCUGCACCGAGCCGCACUUGCGGGCCACCUGCAGACCUGCCGCCUGCUGCUGAGCUUCGGCGCUGACCCGUCCGUCGUCUCCCUGCAGGGCUUCACGGCGGCGCAGGUGGGGAACGAGGCCGUGCAGCAGGCUCUGAGUGAGAGCACCCCCGUGCGCACCUCCGACGUUGACUACCGACUCCUUGAGGCCUCGAAAGCUGGAGACUUGGAAACCGUGAAGCAACUCUGCAGCCCUCAGAACGUGAACUGCAGGGAUCUGGAGGGCCGCCACUCGACGCCUCUGCACUUCGCGGCAGGCUACAACCGCGUGUCUGUCGUGGAAUACCUUCUGCACCACGGCGCUGAUGUCCAUGCCAAAGACAAGGGUGGCCUGGUGCCCCUCCACAACGCCUGCUCCUACGGACACUAUGAGGUGGCUGAGCUCCUGGUGAGGCACGGGGCCUCUGUCAACGUGGCCGACCUGUGGAAGUUCACCCCCCUUCACGAGGCAGCCGCCAAGGGGAAGUACGAGAUCUGCAAGCUCCUCCUGAAGCACGGAGCAGACCCGACCAAGAAGAAUAGGGAUGGAAACACACCUCUGGAUCUGGUGAAGGAGGGCGACACGGACAUUCAGGACCUGCUGCGCGGGGACGCCGCCCUGCUGGACGCGGCCAAGAAGGGCUGCCUGGCGCGAGUGCAGAAACUGUGCACGCCCGAGAACAUCAACUGCAGGGACACACAGGGCCGGAACUCCACUCCGCUGCACCUGGCAGCAGGCUACAAUAACCUGGAGGUCGCCGAGUACCUCCUCGAGCACGGAGCCGACGUCAACGCCCAGGACAAGGGUGGGCUGAUCCCCCUACACAAUGCGGCCUCUUACGGGCACGUGGACAUUGCCGCCCUGCUAAUCAAGCACAACACGUGUGUGAAUGCGACCGACAAGUGGGCGUUCACCCCUCUGCACGAAGCUGCCCAGAAGGGGAGGACUCAGCUGUGCGCGCUGCUCCUGGCCCACGGCGCGGACCCCACCAUGAAGAACCAGGAGGGCCAGACGCCGCUGGACCUGGCGACGGCCGAUGACAUCAGAGCCCUGCUGGUGGACGCCAUGCCCCCGGAGGCCUUGCCCACCUGUUUCAAACCUCAGGCCACUGUGGUGAGCGCCGCUCUGAUCUCGCCAGCGUCCACCCCCUCCUGCCUGUCCGCGGCCAGCAGCAUCGACAACCUCGCGGGCCCCCUGGCAGAGCUGGCAGUGGGAGGGGCCUCCAACGCUGGGGACGGCGCCGCCGGGGCCGAGAGGAAGGACGGUGAGGUUGCGGGUCUCGACAUGAACAUCAGCCAGUUCCUUAAAAGCCUCGGCCUCGAGCACCUGCGGGACAUCUUUGAGACGGAGCAGAUCACACUGGACGUGCUGGCCGACAUGGGCCAUGAGGAGCUCAAGGAGAUCGGGAUCAACGCCUACGGGCACCGCCACAAGCUGAUCAAAGCUGUGGAGCGGCUGCACCAGCCCAUACCUGACCUUCCACUGCGUGAACCAGGGGACAGUCCUGCUGGACCUCGCCCCAGAAGACAAGGAGUACCAGUCGGUUGAGGAGGAGAUGCAGAGCACCAUCCGGGAGCACCGCGACGGCGGCAGUGCAGGCGGCGUCUUCAGCAGAUACAACGUCAUCCGCAUUCAGAAGGUGGUCAACAAGAAGCUGCGGGAGCGGUUCUGCCACCGGCAGAAGGAGGUGUCGGAGGAGAACCACAACCACCACAAUGAGCGCAUGCUGUUCCACGGCUCUCCUUUCAUCAACGCCAUCAUCCACAAGGGCUUCGACGAGCGCCACGCGUACAUCGGAGGGAUGUUCGGCGCUGGGAUUUAUUUUGCAGAGAACUCCUCGAAAAGCAACCAGUACGUGUACGGGAUCGGCGGAGGGACGGGCUGCCCUGCGCACAAGGACCGGUCAUGCUACGUGUGCCACAGACAAAUGCUUUUCUGCAGAGUGACCCUCGGAAAGUCCUUCCUGCAGUUCAGCACCAUGAAAAUGGCUCAUGCUCCCCCCGGACACCACUCAGUCAUCGGGCGACCGAGUGUGAACGGGCUAGCCUACGCCGAGUAUGUCAUCUACAGAGGGGAGCAGGCCUACCCAGAGUACCUCAUCACCUACCAGAUCAUGAAGCCGGAAGCCCCUUCACAGCCUGCAGCAGCCGCAGAGCAGAAGACCUAGUGACUGCUGGGGUGGCCUGGGCAGACUGGCCUGGGCCUGGACUGUGGGCCGUUGCCAGUGGGACCCAUGCCCGUCGCUCCCCGGCCGGCAGCUGGGCAGGAGCUGCCAGUCUGUAGGCCACGACAGGGCAGUGAGAGGCCCCGUAGGGUGGCACAGGCUCUGCGGCUGCUGCUCCCCAAGAAGCGUCUUGGCGGCCUUCCCACCGGCUCGGCUUGUUUUCUCGCCGUUGUCCCUCAAGCACGGUCGCUUGCCCUUGACUUGGAGAUAAGAAGGGAGACCUAGCCAGCACCGUCCCAAUGUCCACACGCGCGGCGCCUCACCCAGCUGUGCAAGCACUCGCGUGCAGGUCCUCUGCCCUCAGCUCCUCCCAUGCGUGCGUCGCUGGUGCUUUCUCUGUUGCUUUGGAAACGAGCCAGAGCCCCUCAUGGGGGCCCUGUGUGACGUCACUGCGUGGCCAUGAGCGGUGCGGCCCAGGCUUCCCACCUUCCACUCUGACUCUCACUCACUACUCUGUACCGAG